GAGCGGAUCGUCCGUGCAUGUGCCGGAAUAUUUCGAGCGGUAACAACAGUGCGCACUCGCUUUGCUAAUAUCUCAACGAGAAGCACCACACAUCUAACUCAUAAUUCAGUGUAUAUUUCGGCGGCCAGUGAGGCCAAACGGGUAUCUCACUCUUCGCUCUAAUUUCCGGCUUUACCCGAAAUAAUGGCCAGAAUGUGCACGGAUGAGUGUAAAGUGAACGAAGUGUUAUAAGGGAUUGCGAUAAUCUUUUCAUUAUCGUAAAAAAUUUAAAUGUACCAAGUCCUAGAAAUGACACAGAAAGUUUAAAAUGUUUAUAUAAAAUUACUAUGCUUAUUUCUUAUAAACAAACUGCUAAAUUAUUUCCUAUAGCACAAUUUUCAAUAAAAUAUUUAUGUAAUCAUCCAAUUUUGCCAACGCUUUUGGUAGAAAUAAUAAAAAACUCGAGAAAUUUUAAAAUCACUACUUACUCAACAGAAAUUCUCUUCAGAUUAAUUAUCAAGAACAAACUAGUUUCCGAAAAUGAACGCAAAGCCAUUCGAAAAACUUUUUGGGAUCCCCACAACUUCAAAAACAUCUUAGAAUGCGCCCAAACCGUCUACUUCUUUUACAAAGACACGUCAAACUUUCACGAGAUUUUUACUAAAAUCAUCAAAAUCAUCAACUGUUGUUAUAUUAAAAAAGGAAAUAAUCAAAUUUCUUACGUCACCAAUUUUACCGUCAAUUUUAUUAGCGACUUAAUUUUUGAAUAUAGCAACCAAAAGGAUCUUUUUCAAAUUUUGUUACCACUUAUAAAAAAUCUUGCAAAAAAUAAAAAAAAUAUAAAUAUUUUAGCCACCGAUCAAUUUUUUAAUUCGUUAUUAACCCAAACCAACAAAUUAGCUAUAAUUGUACCAAUUUUAAAGUUAAUGACAAAAACACCUGAAGCAAUUGAAACAUUAAGCCGAUCCGACAAAAUCUACAUAUUCAUUUUGAAUAUAUUAAACACACCAAAUGAAAAAUUAAUCUACAAAAAAUACUUAAUGGGAGUUUUAUACAAAAUAACAAAAACUUCCUCAGGAAUUGACGCAAUAAGCAAACAAUUGUUAUGGAAUAAUCUUUUAGAAUUUGUAACAAAAAAUGAUAAACAAGAAGAACUUAAAAUGAGAUUAAUUUUAAUACGUGGUAUCACAAUUCUCCAUCGAGGUGUUAAUAAAAUAACUUACGACGUAAAACCGUUAAACAUCGAUGCAAAACUUCCCAAAGAGUACCAAAAAGUAGAUCUUGAUCAUUCCGAUGAAAGUGACAACGAAAACGAAAGUGAUGAAGAAGAUGGGUGUAGUUCGCCGAAAAGCCGCGAAAAAAGUGUUUCAGAUGAAGAUUUCGAUUUUUCAGAAAUCGAUGAUUCAACCUCGGAAAUCGACGAUACCGAGGAUGAUUCUUUUGAGGAUGAAUCUCGCAUGGAAGAUAUCGAUGGAGUCGAUUUAACGAAAAAAUACUUCGCGGAAUAUUUUCAAAACGAUUCAAAAAAUAACGGGCUUAAAAUAUUUGAUGACAUAAAAAAAAGCGGGAAAGAAAUGAUCGACGAGAUUUCACUCCGAGUUAAACGGAAUGAAAAAAUUAAUCGGUUAGCUUUUCCUGAUUACGUUGGGGCCGAUGAUGAGUCCGACGAAGUUAUUGAUCCGAUUAUAAACCAUUUUACAAACGAUAAUUUAAUUAGAAAAUUAAAAAAAUUAAAAUACGAACAUACGUUUUUAAGAAAAACUGUUUAUGACUUAGAUAAUUUAUCAGAAAAUGAUAAAAUUGAUGUCCCGAAUGUGGAGACUAUCAAAGAAAAAUUAAGAAAUGGUUUAAAAGUUUUAAACAAGGUCACUACAUUGCGUUUCGAGUCUCGAUUCGAAUGUGGAAACUUGCGCAAAGUUGAGCAGAUCGGUUGGACUGAGUACAAUCUUUUUUUAAGUCCGGACGUUAACACUCGUGGAGGUCUUCAAUGGUUUUACUUCCAAAUAAGCAAUAUGCGCCCGGACACUUGGUACACCUUCAACGUUAUUAAUUUCCAAAAGGCCAACAGCCAAUUUAACUACGGAAUGCAACCAGUCUUUUUUUCUUGUUUAGAUUUUAUUACAAACUAUAAGGGUUGGAGAAAAUAUGGAGAUGAAAUUAUUUAUUAUGGUAACGAAUAUAAAACAGUGGAUGGGAAGCAAUAUAGGAGUUUAUCUUUUAAAAUUAGUUUCCCGUUUGAAGGAGAUUAUUGUUAUUUAGCGUACCAUUAUCCCUAUACUUAUACAAGGCUAUUGAUGAGUAUUUACCCUUGCAGCAUCAUUAAAAAUUCCAUUUAUAGUCGAGUUGACAAAUUAUCAUUAACGGUUAAUGGUUCAAACGAGGUUCCUUUAAUAACAAUAAGUGCGCCAUUAACGAGUUCUCAUUGUAUUCAAGAAAGGCGUUUAAUAUUUAUAACAGCCCGUGUUCAUCCUUGCGAAAGUAAUUCUUCAUGGAUUAUGGACGGAAUAAUACGAUUUUUGCUGGAAGAUAAUGAAAUAUCUCGAGCUGCUCGUGAAAAAUACGUGUUUAAAAUAAUUCCAAUGCUAAAUCCUGAAGGAGUAAUUUUUGGAAAUGCUCGUUGUGGAUUGGCCGGUGAAGAUUUGAAUAGAUGCUGGAAAAAGCCAAACGAAACUCUGCAUCCGGAGGUGUAUAGGGCUAAGAAGCUGGUGGAAUUUGCAAAACGACAAUUGGGCGGUGAUGUUUUCGCGUUCAUCGACGUCCACGGUCAUAGCAGGAAGAAGUUCUUCUUCUUUUAUGGGUGCAAUGCGCGCCAGAGCUGGAAUGACAAUGAUAAACUCCACGAUGAUUCAUCGAAUACGACGUACUUACUUUUGCCGAAGUUGUUGAGCGCAAACCGGCAUAUGAAACCAAGUUUUUGUCGGUACUCGAUCGAAAGGAAACGUGAGUCUACCUGUAGAGUUGUGAUGUGGAGGGAAUUCGACAUAAAACGUUCCUAUACUUUAGAGUGUUCGUACUGCUGCGGGGAGGAUAAAAAGAAAAUCACCACGAAGAUUUUGCGUGAUAUUGGUGUCAGUAUUAUAACGAGUUUAGCGGGUUUGCCCCGUGAGUCUGAUGUCGAGGUGAAGCCAAGAAACGGAGAUUUUUAUUGCUAAUAAAAAUCCUAAAAACUUUAUAUAUCAUCCUCGGACGCCGCGCGUGUAACGUACCACUUUUAAUUGCUACUUUUUACUUCGCAUUUAGGCUUACUUAUAAACUGGUUUAGCUUAGCGCUCAGAAAAAAAAACCUACAAAGCGUCCGCUGGGUUUUGUUUUCUUUCGUUUUACAUUCCUCCUUCUAUUAUAUCUGCAUUCUAAGGCAAAUAAAACACGACUUAGUGUUCGUUUUCUCUCUCUCACUCUCUCAUUUUAUUUCAUUUUUCACCUUUAUCGUAUAAUAUAAAAUAUAAUAUAUAAAAUCAAAACGCCUAAAAUCUAUAAUCGCCUAUGAGUAAGUAUUACUUAGGAAUUUUAAAUCACAACUCGUUCCGGAAUUCUUUAAUACUAUCGUUAUAUUACAUUAUUCGUCGUUCUUCAAGUUUAUUGGUUAUUAAAUAUUAUUAUUGUAACAA